AUUUGUGACGUUCAGUUUCGCUUCGAUUGCUGGAUUUAACGGCGAAUAAGAACACGAAAUGUAUAGAUUGGUUUUCUAGAAUAUUGAAAAAGUAGAAUUUCUCUCACAAAUCUCUUCGAUUUUCCAAAUUUAUUUCUUUCCAUUUCGUGUUUGUUCUUCCCCUUUUAGUAUAACAAACCCUAAUUGGGUUUCUAGAUUGCUGGAUUUAACAAGUCCGUGAAAUCAAAUUUCGAAUUCAAAAAAUUCGUUCUUUUAAUUUCUAAAAACCGAAACUUUCCGAUUUCAAAUUAAAAAAAAAAAACAGAGAGCUUUCUUCAAUGGUGGUAGCAACGACAAUAGCGCUCUACGCGAGUCCACCGAGCACCGUAUGCUCCACGCCGCACCAGAUCACCGCCUCCUGCGACCUCGAUCUCAAUCCCAGAUCCUCAUCUUCAUCAUCUUCCACCACAAUCGGUGGUCUCUCUCUGCUCUUCAAAUCAUCGUCUCCCUCCUCAUCCUCCUCUGCUUCACACCCAUCCCUAGGAGAUGAACUACCUUCCAUACGCCACGACCGAACAGAGGAUCAUCGAACCACCUUAAGCAGCUCCUUCUCCUAUUCCCCGACCAAGUUCAUAGCUUCCUCUUACCUCAAACGAGACCACCACCAAAGCCCUGUCUCCGUCCUCCACGGUCCAAUCUCAUCCAACAACAGCUUCACUGGCGGAGGAUCUCUCCGUGUAGGAUCCUCCAGAUUGUUCAAUGGUUUCAUCAGGAAAGCGGUAGACUCGUGCGUUGACUACGAGACGGACUCUGUUCUCGUGGAUGAGCAGCUUCCAUUCGCCAUGGACGAUGAAGGAGAGGAGAGAAGGCAACCAUACGCUAGGAACUUGCUUAGACGCGCUCAGCUGAAACACAAGAUCUUCGAAGAUGAGUCUGUGAUCAAAGCCUUUUACGAAGCGGAGAAAGCUCAUAGAGGACAGAUGAGAGCUAAUGGUGAUCCUUACCUGCAACACUGUGUUGAGACUGCUAUCUUGUUGGCUGAGAUUGGAGCUAAUGCGACCGUUGUUAUAGCUGGGAUUCUACAUGAUACGUUAGACGAUUCGUUUAUGAGUUAUGAUUAUAUUCUCAGAACUUUUGGUUCAGGAGUUGCUGAUCUUGUGGAAGGGGUGUCUAAGCUUAGCCAGUUAAGUAAACUUGCUCGAGAAAACAACACUGCGUGUAAAACCGUGGAAGCAGAUCGUCUCCACACCAUGUUCCUUGCAAUGGCAGACGCCAGAGCCGUUCUUAUUAAGUUAGCUGAUCGGUUACACAACAUGGUGACACUCUACGCUUUGCCUCCAGAUAAGCAACAAAGGUUUGCUAAAGAGACGCUGGAGAUAUUUGCACCUUUGGCUAAUCGGUUAGGUAUCUCCAGCUGGAAAGUUGAGCUUGAGAAUCUCUGUUUCAAGCAUCUUCAUCCUGACCAGCACCAGGAGAUGUCAGCUAUGCUCGAGGAUUCGUUCGACGAGGCUAUGAUCACUUUGGCGAUUGAGAAAAUGGAGCAAGCGCUUAAGAAGGAAGGCAUUUCUUAUCAUGUUGUCUCUGGACGGCACAAGAGCUUGUAUAGUAUCUAUUGCAAGAUGUUGAAGAAAAAGCUAAGCAUGGAUGAGAUUCAUGACAUUCAUGGGCUACGUUUGAUUGUUGACAAUGAGAAAGACUGUUACAAGGCCUUGGGAGUAGUUCACAAGCUUUGGUCUGAAGUUCCUGGAAAGCUGAAAGAUUACAUCACUCAUCCCAAGUUCAACGGGUACAAGUCUUUGCAUACCGUAGUGAUGGGCGAUGGAACCAUUCCUCUAGAAGUUCAAAUACGGACCAAAGAGAUGCACUUGCAAGCUGAGUUUGGGUUUGCAGCUCACUGGAGGUACAAGGAAGGCGAUUGCAAACACUCAUCGUUUGUGCUUCAGAUGGUUGAGUGGGCAAGAUGGGUUGUGACUUGGCAUUGCGAGACCAUGAGCAAAGAUAUCUGCUCUUCCGAGCCAAUGUGCAGUUUCCCUUCUCACGCUGAAGACUGUCCGUUUUCUUAUAAGCCUAAUGGUAACCAAGAAGGACCGGUCUAUGUCAUUGUAAUCGAAAACGACAAGAUGACUGUGCAAGAGUUUGCCGCGAGUUCCACGGUCUCGGACCUGUUGAGCAGAGCAGGACCAGGGAGCUCGAGAUGGUCGAUGUACAGCAUCCCGGAAAAGGAAGAGCUGAGGCCAAGGCUAAACCAGGUACCUGUGAGUGAUUUGAAAUGCAAGCUGAAGAUGGGAGAUGUGGUGGAGCUUACUCCAGCCAUACCUGAUGAGUCUCUGACUGAGUACAGAGAGGAGAUUCAGCGGAUGUAUGAUCGAGGGCUCGCCUUUUCUCGUCCUCGCCGUGCAGCUGCUGGCACAAUGGUUGGCUGGGGAAGCUAAUAGAUUCUUAGUCAAAAAAACAGGAUCCUUGUUCAUGUAUGUAUGUAUAUAAGUUGUUAUAUACAGGUGUAAUGCUUCAGAAAGAUUUGUUGUACCUUUUUAUCUUCUUGAUUUCAAGUAAACAAUGUAUAUAAUAUAUGCAUAUAUAGGCUACAAAAGUUACUGGCUCUGGUCAUUUAGGCCAUGGUUCACUA